CGCACUCUGCUUAUUCAGUGUACGGUAAAUAACGUCUUGAUCUGGACAGAUCAUAAUACAAGGAAAGCUUCAACUUCUCUGUCAUGUCUUAAGCUGGACUUUUACAUAAAUAUCAGGAUGCUCUUCAUUUGAUGGACACAGACCCAGCGCCGACUGAAUACUUCUCUCCGGGUCUAUGGCUGAAAUUAUGUUCCAAAGUAUUUUCUGUGUGAUAUUUCUCAGCACGUUGCACAUGGCAUCAUCUUUGGAGCUUCAACUUGGCAUGCCAAAUGUCUGUGCUGACCAGGAGUUGUCCAUGUUGGGUAACCGUCAGCCUUGUGUCCAGGCUUUUACCCGCAUAGUGAAAGUCUGGAAACAGGGCUGCAACAGCCACAGUUGGUGUAUGGGCUAUGAGAGAAGGACAACAUACUACACAGUGUACAGGCAGGUAUACAGCAUGGAUAUGCACACCAUUUCUAAGUGCUGCCCAGGCUGGACUCAGAAGGGUGAAGAGUCAGGCUGUCUGCAUAGAGUGUGUGGUGCCAAUACAUGUUUCAAUGGAGGCCAAUGUGCAGAGACUGGAGACCAGAUAUGUCAUUGUCCGCUGGGCUUUAAAGGGACCCGGUGCCAAUAUGAUGUUAAUGAAUGCGAAGUGGAUAGCGGCGGCUGUGAGGGGUUCUGCUGCAACACCAUUGGAAGCUAUUACUGUAAAUGUCCUGAAGGCAGUAAACUGGGGCCAGAUGGCAGAGCAUGUCAAGAUGUAAACGAGUGCGAGGUGCUCAAUGGAGGAUGCCAGCAAACAUGUGUCAACACACUGGGCUCUUAUCACUGUGAGUGCAGUGAAGGCUUCCGCAUGCACACUGAUGCUCGGACCUGCAUUGCUGUGAACUCUUGCUCAGUCUUAAACGGUGGAUGUGAGCACAAGUGUGUGGACUUGGGGAACAAUCACUACAAAUGUGAAUGUCGGAAGAACUACCAACUAAAGAGAGAUGGCAGACACUGUGGAUGUAAGUAGGGUUUUACUACAGAUGUUCUCACAGUGAAAGCAUGUGGCAAACAGUUCUGCAAAGGGUUCAUUAGAGUAGAUGGUCUCUUGAUGUAAGUGAGGUGCUUCUGUUGCACGUUUGACAGAAUUCCUGUAGAAAUAAAGAGAUGUCCAGACAUUGAUGAGUGCAGUUCAGGCCGGGCCAAGUGUUCCCACGGGUGUGUCAACAUGCUGGGCUCCUUCAGCUGUGUGUGUCACCCAGGCUUCGAACUGGGUGCUGAUGGCAAACAGUGCUACCGCAUCGAGAUGGAGAUUGUCAACAGCUGUGAGAAGAACAAUGGAGGUUGCUCUCAUCACUGUGAGCACACCACCAACGGCCCGCUUUGCUCCUGCAACCACGGCUACCAGCUGGAUCAGGACAGGAAGACCUGUGUAGAUAGUGAUGAGUGUAUCAGCGGGGAAGCCUGCUGCAGUCACUUCUGUAAAAACUACCCGGGCGGCUAUGAGUGCAGCUGCAGAGCUGGUCACAGACUGAACCCAGACGGCUGCGGCUGCAAUGACAUCGAUGAGUGCCUCGUAGAGACCUCAGGCUGUGAACACUACUGCGUCAACACCCUGGGAACAUACGAGUGCUUUUGUCGAAUGGGCUUCCGCUUGGAUCAGGACCAGCACUCCUGCAUCUCUUUGUAUGGCAGAGAACUGGAAGAAGAAGAGGAAGAAGAAGAGGAGGAGGAGGAGGAGGAAGAAGGGGAUGAGCAGCUGGGGGUCCACAGAUUACCAGACCUGCUGUUCCGCAAAGCCCCUCAGCUCCUGCAGUACACAGCAGCCUUGCACUACCGGGAUGAUACAGAUGAUAAUAACGAUGAAGGGGUUGACAGCGAUAAAGAAUUAGAGAUCCAGAGGGAGCGUCGAGGAGAGCUGAGACUAGACAGCAGCAUAGUGUGUCUAGGUGGCUCAUUCGGGCAUGACUGCAGUGUGAGCUGUGAGGACUGUUUGAAUGGAGAGUGUAGUGAAGACAGAGACCGAUGUGAAUGUUUUCCUGGAUGGACUGGCACCAUCUGCAAUGAGACAUGUUCUCAGGGGACCUAUGGGCAGGCCUGUAACAGCCUGUGCCGUUGUCAGAAUGGGGGCUCGUGUGACCCCGUGACUGGGAAGUGUUUGUGCCCCCCUGGGGUGCAGGGCCUGCUCUGCGAGGAUGGUUGUCCGAGGGGUUAUUUCGGCAGGUUCUGCAGAAGCAAGUGUAACUGUCCCAACAAUGGACAUUGUCAUCGUCUGUAUGGAGGCUGCCUCUGCUCUCCAGGACUAUACGGCCGCUUCUGCCACCUGCCGUGUCCCAGGUGGACGCACGGUGCCGGCUGUUCCAAGGAAUGUGACUGCAUUCAAGAACAUUCCACUGGCUGUGACCCCAAAACAGGGAGCUGUUUCUGUAAGGCUGCAUACCACGGGCCACAGUGUGAGAAAGAAUGUGAGCCUGGCUUGUUUGGCGCAGGCUGUGAGCAGCCAUGUGACUGUCCAGGUGGAGGGUCAUGUGACCCCAGGACUGGCGAGUGCGGCCAAAGAUGUCCUGCAGGCCUUCAUGGAGACAAAUGUCAGCACGCCUGUUCAUCAUUGAGAUAUGGUGAAAACUGUCGUCUGCCCUGUGACUGUGAAGGCGCUCCUUGUGAUCCUGUAACUGGACAGUGCAUCUGUCCCGCUGGGAAAACUGGAAUAUCAUGUCAGGAAGACUGCACUGAUGGAUUCUGGGGAUUGAAGUGCCAGUCACCCUGUCCUAGCUGUGAGAACGGAGGCUUCUGCAAUAAGAAGACGGGUGUGUGUGAAUGCAAACCAGGCUUCAUAGGGAUCGUCUGCCAAAACGAGUGUCCCCCAGGUUUCCACGGGCCUGGAUGUUUGAUGUCAUGUUCGUGCCCCCCUGAGGUCACCUGUGAGCCACAGACUGGAAGCUGUGUCUGCCCUCCUGGCAAAACUGGCAACGACUGUUCAACAUCUUGUGAAUCUGGUUACUGGGGUCAAAGCUGCCUCAAUCAAUGCCAGUGCAAAGAAAUGUCUCUGGGCUGUGACCCUGUCAGCGGUCAGUGCGUGUGUGAGGCCGGAUCCACUGGAGACCACUGUGAGAGGAAGUGUGAGAAUGGCAGGUAUGGUCAGGGAUGCACCCAGCAGUGCCAGUGUCACAAUGGAGCUCUCUGUGACCACAUGAGUGGAGCCUGUACAUGUUCACCUGGAUAUGCAGGGACCUAUUGUGAAAAAAUGUGCCCGGACGGCUUUUACGGUCUUGACUGUGGCCAGAUGUGCGAGUGCAGGAACGGUGCCCGCUGCCACCACAUCACAGGAGCCUGCCUAUGCACCGCCGGCUGGGCAGGACCACACUGCAUUCUGGAAUGCCCACAGGGUCACUUUGGGGAGCAGUGCAGUCAGACCUGUGGUUGUCAGAAUGGAGCCAGGUGUGACCACAUCAGCGGGCGAUGCAGCUGCAUGGCGGGCUGGACGGGGGUCAGCUGCCAACAGCUGGUAAAUGUGUCUGUGAAUGCAGCCUGUCCUCCAGGACAAUAUGGGGAGAACUGUAACGGCAGAUGUCUGUGUCAUAACGGAGGCUCUUGUGAUGGAGUUACUGGACAUUGCUCCUGCUCGCCCGGCUGGACGGGAGCUGCCUGUGAGAUAGAGUGUGAGGAAGGACGUUAUGGAGAGAACUGCACGCAGGCCUGCCGCUGUGUGAAUGGCCGAUGUGACAGAGUGGCGGGAAGAUGUGUGUGUCUGCCUGGCUGGACAGGAGAGCUCUGUCACACAGCCUGUUCUAAGGGAUUCUUUGGAGAGGGCUGUGGGCAGCGGUGUGACUGUGUCCAUAGUUUGAGUUGCCACCAUGUGACGGGCCGCUGUGAGUGUGAGCCAGGCUGGAGAGGAGCCAGCUGUGACAAACCCUGCCCUGCCGGCGUGUUCGGGCAGAACUGCAGCCAGCUGUGUGAAUGUUCAGGAGACCAAGAGCUGUGCCACCCUGUGACGGGGAAAUGCAGCUGCUUUCCUGGUUAUUACGGGGCUCGCUGUGAGCAGCGGUGUCGAGUAGGGACUUUUGGGCCAAACUGUAAGUCCAGAUGUAGUUGCAUCAACGGUGGUCGCUGUGACUUCAGGACGGGGACCUGCUACUGCACUCCUGGGUUCAUUGGAGCAAACUGCAGCUCAAGUUGCCCGAGUGGUUACUAUGGAAAGGACUGUGCUAAGCUGUGUUCCUGUGGGGAGGGAGGACAAUGCCACAAAGUGACUGGGAGAUGUAUCUGUGCCCCUGGUAGGAUGGGACAGUCCUGCCAACAAGCAUGUCCUAGGGGGCGCUAUGGCCUGCAGUGCAGACACACAUGCAGCUGUCAGAACGGGGGUUUGUGCGACCCUGUGCAUGGGUCCUGCAAGUGUGGAUUGGGCUGGACCGGACCUCGCUGUGAGACAGCCUGUUCAUCUGGAAGAUAUGGUCCUGACUGUGCACACAACUGUUCCUGCCUAAACAAUGGGACCUGCGACCGGUUUACUGGCGCCUGCAGCUGUACUGCUGGAUACUACGGCCACUCCUGUCAACACAGUUGCCCUUCUGGAUUCUUCGGAGUCAACUGUGUCCAUACGUGUGACUGCAAAGUGGGGCAGACAUGUGACCAUGAGACAGGCCAAUGUGUGUGUCCACCAGGCUACCAUGGGCCACAAUGCCAAACGCGGUGUGAUGCUGGGAGGUUUGGAUUGGGCUGUGGACAGUCAUGUGACUGUAAUGGUCAGGCCCCAUGUGACCCAACAUCCGGACAUUGCCUCUGUCCUCCAGGAAGGACGGGACAGAGGUGUGAAAAAGACUGCGGAGGAGGCCGGUUUGGUCCUGACUGCUCCCUGCCGUGCCACUGCUCCCUCAAGGCUCGAUGUGACGGGCUGAGCGGACGAUGUCUGUGCCCGCUCAGCUGGCUGGGUCCCACCUGCAGUGAAGCAGUUUUGCACCAAACAGCAGGCUCGCUGAACUCCUCUGUGUCCCAGAGAAAGAGAAGGGCAGGCAGCAAAACCACAUAACCCAAGCAGAGGUACGGACUCCUAACUGGAUGUUCAAACUCCGGGGUUUGGCUCUGUGGAGCUUUAAACUGAUCAUCUUGGUAAAGGUGAUGUUUGCAAUGUGAUGUUUUUGUGAAAGUGGAGCUCAACUGUCAUGAACUGGCACUCCAUCACUGAGCCUGGAGCUGGAGAUUUUCACCCAGGACAUGGACCUGAAAUGUGAGGGGCCUCAAAGGACCAGAAACCCCUGGAUCGCCAGGGAAACACAGACUUCUACACAAAUACCUUUAUGAAUGCUGCAAAUUGGAAGAGGUUGAUGUCACUCCAGUUUGACUUUUAAAGAGUUUGUAGUUUUCUUUGUCAGAGGCAUUUUGAAAACGACAUGUCAAGACCUUCUUCUCUCUUCACUGAAGCACCUUUACAACCAGCCCUUCCUAUGUGUGUCCCCAAAAAACAUCCUAUUUAGCACAUUGGAAUAGCAAGCAUUUCUCUGAUGACAAUUCAAUUCCUCUUCAACAGAUUUAGAGUUUAUGGGAAACUGCAAAGGAAGACAGCAAUAAUACAGCCAUUAUACCUUAGUACUAGACAUACAUAUAUAUAUUUUUUAACUUAGAGUGGAACUAUUGACUGAGAAAAUUCAAAAGGUUUAAAGGUUGAACGUUGUGUUAAUUACACACUGGACCAGGAUUGGCAUGUAUGACACCAGACCCAUUAAUGGUCUGCAUGUCCUUCUAUCCCACUUUAGAAGCCCAACACAGUUUAGGUAGAUGGCUGUCCAACAUGAGUCUGGUUCUGUUUGAGGUUUCUGCCUGUUUAAAGGUUUAAAGCACAUUCUGUACAAUUUCACCUCCCCACUAUAAAAAUAGAUGAAAAUGUGUCCACCAACAAUUCAAAGAUAACAGUGUUCAAAUCAUUAAAUCAAAGUUUAAUGAUUGGUAAAGCUAAUCAAAUCUUAUUUAUAGGGAAGGGGGGGUCUUUGUUAUAUUGAAUACAACUUAAUCAAAUGAGUGAAUUAUUUUUCCUUUACAUGUCAAGUCCACUAUCCUGUUUUUCCCCCCUGGAUUAGAAUUUGUUGAUAAAAGUUUUUGUUCUGAUUUCACAUAUUCAUAUUCAACCUGUAGAUUUUACAACUACGGGAUCCUUUCAUAAGAAUGGACUCCUUUUGAGUGAUUUUAUUGUCAAUACAACUGUCCAUAAAUACAUCUGUGUAGUCUUUCUAUCCCUACAUUUUCUGUGGUUGUUUCUGAAUUUAACAUGAUCAGGUUACCAUAAAGAGCCUUUCACACUCUCUCCUUAUUGGCAUUGAUCACGGGUGUGCUGGUUGUGAAAUACAGUUGGAGAAACUUGCAUGCAUUGCACUUCUUGUUAACUGAGUCAGCAGCUGAUGCAGAGAUUUGAAGUGUUAUGGAAAAUGAUACAAUUGAUGUAAAUACUUUAGCUGCAAUACCUUUCAAAAGAUAAGGUUUACAAUUCUACAAUCACAGCUGUUAAACAUUUAGCCUAAUGUGCUUUUGGUAUAUAAGGUGUUCUUUUCUUUGUGUUUGUAUCAUAUCUCAGGUCAGUGAAAUCUUUAUGAGCUGUAACCUACUGUUCUUAUAUAUAUAUAUAUAUAUAUAUAUACGGUCACAGUAUGUCUGUAUAAAAUUGCAAAACACAA